GCUGCUGGGGGUGGAGAAGGUGGUCAACUAUGCCCUGACCGAGUGGCUGACAGACAUUCGCAAAAACCAGCUGCCGGGCAUCCUGGGCGGGGUGGGACCCAUGCACUCCUUCGUGCAGUUGUUCCACGGCCUGCGGGACCUCUUCUGGCUGCCCAUCGAGCAGUACCGCAAGGACGGGCGCAUCAUCCGUGGUUUGCAACGUGGCGCCGCCUCCUUCGGCACCUCCACUGCCUCGGCGGCCCUCGAACUCAGCAACCGCCUAGUGCAGGCUAUUCAGGCCACCGCCGAGACCGUCUACGACAUCCUGUCCCCCACGGCUCCCCCGUCACGCGCUCUACCAGAUAGGAAGUACGCCCGCAAACUACGACGGAGCCAUCAGCCGGCAGAUCUACGUGAAGGGGUGGCCAAGGCCUACGACACCGUGCGCGAGGUGAUGCUCCUUGGG